UCGCCGAGCUGCAGCCUGCGCCAUCGCCGAGCUACAGCCAUCGCCGUCGCUGAGCUACAGCCACCGCCGUCUCCUCCCCUUAAAUCGGCGGAAUUCUGUUUUCUCGACUCCACCCUUGUCCACAGCUCUAACCUCCAAUUUUUGAAGAAUUAAGAUGUUAAUGCUUUGGUCUCACUGAUUUCUCACAUUAUCAAAUAGAUGAUCUCUUUCAUGGUGAUGAGAUUCAAAACAAUACUGGGUUUAACUGGAAAAAGACACAUGUGGAAGUCAAGGAGCUGUAUUAUGACGAAUUUCAAAAUGAUGUGAAGAAAGCAUGGGGACAGCGAGCUGGUAGAAGAUACUCGGAUUAUAUUAGUGAAGUGAAGGAUAGGUACAAUAAAGGUCAACCUAGGCCAAUUUAUAUACCUCAAGAGAUGUGGGCAGGAUUGAUACUCUACUGGCAAGAUUCUAAUACUGUCAAAAAGUCAAUGAUUGCAAGUAAGGCCAGACGAUCUGAACCAGAUGGACCUGGUACGGGCAUGAGGACACAUUUAGGAGGGUCAACGUCAGUCACAGAGAAAUCUCUACGAAUGGCAGCCGAGAGAGGUGUAUCGUUGAAGGAUGUUGCAUAUGCCGGAUUCAAAUCACUCCACACCUAUAAAGAUGGGACAUACACUUGUAAAAAGGCUGCAAAUGUCGAUGCGAAGGUGCAAGCGAUUGCAGCAACGAAGGGCAAAAAUCCAAAUUUGAGUGACAUCUUCAUCAAUGAUGUUUAUGGAGGAAAGCUCGACAAGAAGAGGAGGAUGUUCGGGAUAGGAAACUUGGCACCUAACCUCAUGGUUUACACCUCGACAGAGUCUGCAAGAGCAACAACCUUGCGAGAUGAAUUAAGGGCUGAAUUAAGAGGAGAAAUAAGGGAGGAAAUAAGGGGGGAAUUUCGACAAGAUUUAGAUGCGCAAAGUGUGAAAAUUUCAGCAAUGGAGGAGAAGAUGAACCGGAUCUUGAUGUCUCAACAAUCCAAUUUCUCACAACUCGUUGAUGAUGAUGGUUCAUAGACUUAAUACAUAUUUAAUA